UCCAUUUUGGUCCAGACAAGAGGAAGCGGGUGUGUGGUGUAGCUUCGACUCAGAAAUAGUCAGGUCAUGUCUUUAAAGAUGGAGAUGGACGUCAGUGGAGUGUCCAGGACGCCCAUGUCUGUUCUGCCUGCCGCUGAGCCGAAAGCCACCCUACAACUGGAGACGGAGAAACGGCGAUGCUCCAGCACACCCUGUUCUCCCAUCAGAGGUACUGUUUCGGGAUACCAGAUUGUCCACAUGGACUCCAACUACCUGGUGGGUUUCACCACGGGGGAGGAGCUUCUGAAGCUGGCCCACAAGUGGCCGGGGACGGAGAAGGCCGCCACAGAGGCCUUGCCGAGCCCACGGGCAAAACCACUGGACGCGGGCCUCCACCGGGCCUCUCGAAUUUACAAAACCAAGAGCCGCCACUACCAGCCUUACGACAUUCCCGCCGUCAACGGCCGGCGGCGGAGGCGCAUGCCCAGCUCGGGUGACAGUUACCUCAAGCCACCGCCAGGCGAGCCCAGCAAGGCCCUUCACGGCCCCCUACCGCUCUGCCUUCUGCGGGGGAAAAGGUCGCAGUCGCUGGACUACCUCAACGUGGACAAAAUGAGCAUGAUGGAGCCAGCAGACACCGAGGUCCUGCAGCACCAGCUCCAACACCUCACUCUCCGAGGCGAGCGGGUGUUUACCCGGAACAAGACCUGAGGUGGGGGGGGGGGCAGCUCUCUCCCUCCCCCCCAUCCCCCCC